AAACAGCUGUAACCUUUUUUCAUUUUAAGCUACGCACUCUUACCCUGGCAUACGUCUCGACAAGGGGAUCGGAACAGCCUUCGAGUACUUUGCGAAGAUUCCGCGACCCGGAGGGAUCAAAAAAGGCUGGCUUCGACAAUUUAUCGUUGUGUGCGACUUUAAAUUAUUCUUAUUCGACGCAACACACGACGUCGCUCACAUUACGCAUCAAGUCUUGGAUAUGCGCGAUGAAGACUUUUCUGUUAGCGCUGUAUUACCCUCAGAUGUUAUACAUGCAAACAAAAAGGACAUCCCCUGCAUAUUUCGGGUGACAACGCGAGGACUGAACCCUGCAUUUCCUCACUCUGUGUUGAUUCUCGCCGACAACGAGAAUGAGCGCCAGAGGUGGGUCUCGUCGUUACUUGAAUUACAGAAACACUUGAAGAAGAGCAAGUUAUACACUAAAAUGCCUUUCCAAACACAAGAGAUCUACGAUAAUUCGAUGUCCUUGGUGAAAAACACAAACUCUGCAGUCGUUUUAGAUGCCACGAAAUUACUUAUUGGAGCCGAAGACGGACUAUAUAUAGCUGAAUUAACGAAGGAUGUUUUUACAAGAAUUGGAGACAAAAGUGAUAAAAAGGCCGUCUAUCAGAUGGAAUUAAUUGCUGAAGAACAAUUAGUUGCCUUCAUUAGUGGUAAACAACGCCAUGUGAAACUGCUCCAGAUGUCGGCCCAGGGCUGGUUGGAAAACGACCCCAUUAAAAUAACCGAAACGAAAGGAUGCCACUUAUUUUGUACUGGAUUAAUUCGGCAAGGGUCCACAUCUUGCUUAUGUGUAGCAAUCAAACGCACCAUCCAGGUCUACGAAAUCACAAAAACGAAACAACGGCAACACAAACUAAAAGAUGUACAAGUCCCAGGGUGUGUUCAGUUUCUGGAAAUGAUGAACGAACGCCUUUGCGUUGGUUACCCAUCAUGCUUUGCGAUUUAUAGUGUACAAGGAGAUGGAGCCCCUAUGACUCUUGUCAACGCUGACGAUGUUACCCUGAAGUUUCUACACCAAACCCCUGUCGACGCAUUAGCUGCGGUCGAGAUGUCGCACAAGGAAUACCUGUUGGUCUUCAACGUUUUGGGCGUGUAUGUCGAUAAUAACGGGAAGCGGAGCAGGAACCAAGAGAUUAUGUGGCCUUCACCACCUCACGCGAUUACCAUCAACCAUCCAUAUUUGUUAUGCUAUGCUGAGAAUUCGAUAUUUGUGUACGAUGUCCGGAAUACAUCUUGGACUCAAACCAUUUGUCUACGGAAAACGAAACCCCUCUGCAAAGAUGGGUCUAUAAACUUAUUCAGCAAUUUGGACUCGCAGCAUAUUGUGUACUUGAGAAACACAGACCUGAGUGAAGAACAAGCGAUCCUUCCCGAUCUGUCAGCGUUUCGGCAGGCCUCCCGUACAAAACGUCGAUACUCUUUCAAAACCCGAGAUGACGAUAGGGUCUCCAAGGGGAGCGAGAGACGGUCAAGGGACAUUUCUGCUCCCUUCUCAUUCAGUCACGUAGCCCAUAUGCGUCCUGAUCAAGUGUUGCCAGCCCCAGCUGUAGCGAACCUGUAAGAAUCCUUUCUUGAAAAAGCUGGC